GCAUACUUGCAUCCUAUGUCUUCGGUAACCGGUAACCUUUUGGCAAAAUCCAAUUUGCCGUCAGAACGACAAGACAAUGGAUUAAUAAGCACUUGCCAUUAGGUGAAUGAAGUAUACUUGUCCUUAACACACCCUAUAUAUCAGAAGAAGGUCAGACGAGCCCAUCAAAACACUGUAAUUAGAAGACGUUAUUUUGACUCAGUAGUAAACGUUCGAUAUUGCUGUAUCGGUAUACGCGACGUCUUUAGGCAUUAGACGAAGAAUUUGGAUAAAAUAAUCAGGGAGAUCGUUUUUUGAGCGAGUUUUCCAUUUUUAAAUUAUCCUACAUACUUGGCUGCAAUUGGAAGAUUUUUCGCAGGAAAAGACCAAGAAAUAGCUUUUAGAGAACGGUACCACGGGACCCGUUUAUUGUUCCAAUCCAAAAAAGGUCUAUUAAACUGAACAGGUUAAUUUCACUUAUUCCUUAUUUGUUUACGCUGCUUACCAUCAAAUUUAAUUAAGAAUCAGGUUCCUCGUAAAUAUGCUGAACCUUCAAAAUCGAGAUGUUCUCCAAAGGAGUACGCCGAUGUACGACAUUGAUGGCACGGAAAAAUUCGAUUCGGACUCGUUAAGGAUGGAUUCUAGUUGUCCUUCAUCACCGUCUCUUAGUCCGUUGAGUGAAGAUGAAGUAUUGACUACGCCAAUCUCGAGCUUUUCUCAAAGGCCUUUACGGCCGGUAUGUUUGACGGUGGCCGGUUCAGACAGCAGUGGAGGUGCUGGUUUGCAAGCUGACUUAAAAGCAAUCUUAGCUCAUAAAGUGUACGGUAUGAGCGUAGUAACUUGUAUCACCUCUCAGAACUCUACAGGGCUUCACGACGUGUUCCCAAUUCCUGCCCCUCUGAUAGAACAGCAAUUCAAUGCCUGUUUGGCAGAUGUCGAAUGUCAUGCAGUCAAGAUUGGUAUGCUUUCCGAUGUGGACAGCAUCCAAGCAGUCGUUCGUGCGCUUGAUCGUUACAAAGUAAAGAACGUUGUCAUGGACUCGGUCAUUGUUACAAAUAGAGGCAAUGUGAUGUGCCAGAAACGUGCCCUGCGUUCACUUAUACGCGAUCUUAUUCCCCGAGUACUUGUUUUUGGUUCAAAUAUAAUGGAGGCGUGUCUGCUAGUGAAGGGAGCAACAGGUCGUUCGUUCACGAGUAUGCGGUCGUUUGGAGAUAUUUGCAAACUGCUUGAAGAACUGUGGAAGCUUGGACCGAAAUAUGUUAUUCUCAAAGGCCAUCAUGUUGCAUUCGAUAACCGUCUUCGAAUCGUUGAAAAUGCUUCUCAACGUCAACCUCUUUGGACCAUUGACACUGUCUACGACGGAUCACAGAUUUACAUAGUCCACAAGCCCUAUGUGUCAAAUUACAACGUUCGUGGCACUAGUUGUUCACUUACAGCUUCCGUUGCUUCUAACCUUGCCCUGGGAAAACCACCACUUAUUGCCAUAAGGGAUGCUAUUAGCAUGGUUGAAAUCGCAUUAGAACACAUUGACACUACUGCUUCUGCUUCAAACAAGACAGCUCAAUUCUUUUUCAGUUUGUCACAGCAUGAAUUUAAAUCGAAGCCUCCCAUGCAUCUGUACACGAUGUCCAAAUGUGACCCUGACAUACUUUUGCGACCUGCGCUACGAUGACGGUAUCACCUGUGUUCGACUGUUAACAGUCCUCACUUCAGUAAACGUGCUCUGAGGAGCACUCGACUUCCCUCCUCUGUUUUAUCUUUUAUCUUUACACAUUCCGUUAUUUUCAUCGUUUUCCGUUAUGUUACCGUAAUGUCCUGCCUAGUGUCAGGUUUCUUUUCAUUCAUUUAAUCAAUUACUGUUAAUUAUAAACCUAU